GGUUUGAACACGCCCGUCCCCGACCAUGAGAUCGUCAAAAGCUCCAGUCCGUUCUAUUUCGAAGCUGGCUAUGCCGGGUGGGCGAAACGUCCCUCUCGACCAUUCCCACCGCCGUUCUUCAGCCCGCCCAGCGGCAGUUUCAGCGACCCUCUCAGCACCACCAACCGCAGCAUGGACCGUCGCGCGAAAGUCAACGGCGAGAUGAUCCGGGGCGUGACCAACGGCGACGACGCCAUGCUCGUGAGCGAGAACUUGAUCGGGACCAACGACGGCGUGGGACAAUGGGCGACGCGCGAGCGGGGGCAUGCGCCGCUCUGGAGCCGCCUCAUCCUGCACUUCUGGGCCCUCGCAGUGGAACAGGACAAAUUCGGCGGCGACAGGUCCCCCGAUCCCGUCCGCUACCUCGAGGAGUCCUACCGCAUGACCCAGGAGGCGCUCAGCGAACCCAACGAAUGGCUGGGGACCACGACCUCCAGCCUCGCGCAGCUCCACAGCAUCGACGAGAAGCCCCUGCUGUACGUGACGCAGCUGGGCGACUGCCGCAUCAUCGUGGUGCGCCAAUCCUCCCGCCAGGUCAUCUUCACCACCGAAGAGCAGUGGCACUACUUCGACUGCCCGCGCCAGCUCGGCACCAACUCCCCCGACACCCCGCGCGAGAACGCCACCCUCUCGGAAGUCCCGCUGCACGAAGACGACGUCGUCCUCGCCAUGUCCGACGGCGUGACGGACAACCUCUGGGAGGAGGACAUCACCGAAUCCGUCCUCACCGCGCUGUCCCAAUGGCAGGAAGAGCAGGGACAAUCGCGACCACAACAACAACAACAAAAGAAGGAUCAGGAGGAGGCCAUGCGCUACGUCGCCCAGCAAGUCGUUCUCCGCGCCCGCAGAAUCGCCGAGGAUCCCUUCGCCGCCUCGCCGUUCAUGGAGAAAGGCGUCGAGGAAGGCCUGGCGAUCGAAGGCGGCAAGAUGGACGACAUCUCGGUCGUGGCGGCGGUGGUUUGUAGGAGGCCGAAGGGGUGA